GGUUAGCUGUUCCGUAAAAUCUCACCGCCGAGUAGGUAAGAUUAUGUUCACCAUGUUGGAUCAAGUGUUUAUCCUGUUUACCUUGUGAUCGGUUGGAUCAUGUCAGCGGAGCGUCAUCGUGCUGAAGUGUAGAGGACCCGCAGCCCGGCUCCCCGGACCCCGGCCCGCCGCGGUGAACCUUCCUGACACCGACAGGAGGAGGAGGACUUCGGUGUGGAGAUGAAGCUGCCCACUCUGGUAGCUAGCUCCGAGCUGUCAGGUUAAGAAACUCUCGUCUUCACACGGGCGGCACGCAAAUUUAUUUAUCUUGCGUUGAAGAGGAACUUUUUGUCACAUUGUUCUCGCGUCUCUCUGGACUCGUACUUGUUUAGAGGACAGAGCGAAACAGGCCGAAAACAAAGAUUUCGUCGGCAAAUCAAGUCAUCUAGAAGGAACUAUGAGGGCUCGGGCUCUAAUGUUUUGAGCAGUGGUCACAGCCCCUCUGGUCGGGGUGAUGGGGGUUUCUCUCUAAACAAACACUUCCAUGUGAGUGGAUGGCGGCGGCUCGGGCCUGUCUGUCUGCUUGCGUCUGCUGUUGUAUUAUCGCCUUAGCCGGGAUACACCCCCUCUGCGCCGGAUCUGCGCCGUUAAUCACGGCUCGGAGAUUACCUCUGUUUACGGAAUAGCUACCUCGCUCUGCGCGCAAAAAUAGGAAGAGGAGUCCAUUUGGAAUAACAGAUGCAGUUUCCCGGCUGCGUGGACCCCCCUUUAUGGGAGGAUUUGCGGCGCUGGUUCGAAGCCUGUAAAAAACUUUGGCACUUGUUUUAGAUGGAUGUUGUUGUUCCCAUGUGACGGGCUCCAGAUCACAGCGCGGCGGAAUCAACACAAUGGAAGACAUCAAAAUCCAACAACUUUAUUUAUUCAGGGGGGCUCAGGAUUAUUUCCACUAAUUAUUUUUGGUGUGGUUGUGUCAAGUUUUUAUUUUUUACAUUUUUUUUAAAACACUUGACAUUGCUUUAAAUUUGAGCAAAAAUAUCUUUAGUUUCAGAUCACUGAAACACAAGUGAGAAAACUGGGGCUGAAGUUUGUUAGCUGCUGCUUUUUUUUUUUAAGUUGCAUUAUGAUAAACAUUAUGGCAAACUGUUUUAUUUACGUUUUGUGUGAAGAUUUAAAGUAACUGAUGUUGAUCUUUUGAAGCCAGAUUCUGUUUUAUUGAGUUUUCAGUGUAAGGGUCCAGUCUGGUAGCCUUCAUCACCACUUUCUGACCCGGUAGACUGUUUUUUGUUUUUUUUUGCUGCUGAAUGGCUCUUUGCAGCACAACUGCCACAAACGUUCCAAAAAUGAUGACUGCUUACAACGGUGGCUCCUCAGCAGUGGCUGCCCAUCACCAUCACCAGCUGCAGCAUCUCCCUCCUCCCCACAUGCACCAUCACCACCACCACCAAGCAGGACAGCAUCACUUGCAGCACCCGGGUUCCGCUGCAGCGGUGCGCACGGUGCAGCAGCACACAGCCACUGCUGCGGCUGCAGCGGUGAUGCUCAAUCCUGGCCAGCAGCAGCCCUACUUCCCCUCUCCUGCGCCUGGACAGGCUCCAGGACCUGCUUCAGCUGCAGCUCCAGCCCAGGUUCAAGCCGCUGCUGUCAAGUCUCACCACCACCACCACCAUCAGCAGCAGCAAAACACGCAUCACCUUCAGCAGCAGCUGGACAUAGAGCCUGAUCGGCCCAUUGGCUACGGUGCGUUUGGAGUCGUCUGGUCGGUGACGGAUCCCAGAGAUGGAAAGCGAGUGGCUCUCAAAAAGAUGCCCAAUGUCUUCCAGAAUCUUGUUUCUUGCAAAAGGGUCUUUCGGGAACUGAAGAUGUUGUGUUUCUUCAAACAUGAAAAUGUACUUUCUGCUUUGGACAUACUGCAGCCUCCACACAUCGACUACUUUGAAGAAAUCUAUGUUGUGACUGAACUUAUGCAAAGUGACCUCCAUAAGAUCAUUGUAUCACCACAGCCUCUGAGCUCAGAUCAUGCCAAAGUUUUUCUGUAUCAGAUUCUUCGGGGACUUAAAUACCUGCACUCUGCUGGAAUUCUGCACCGAGACAUCAAACCUGGCAACCUCCUGGUCAACAGCAACUGUGUGCUCAAGAUCUGUGAUUUUGGGCUCGCCCGUGUGGAGGAGUUGGAUGAGUCCCGGCACAUGACUCAGGAAGUUGUGACGCAGUACUACAGAGCACCAGAGAUCCUUAUGGGCAGCCGGCACUACUCCAACUCCAUCGAUAUUUGGUCUGUGGGCUGCAUCUUUGCAGAGCUGCUGGGUCGGCGCAUCCUCUUCCAAGCUCAAAGUCCCAUUCAGCAGCUGGAUUUAAUCACUGACCUACUGGGGACGCCUUCUAUGGAGGCAAUGAGGACAGCAUGUGAAGGCGCACGGGCGCACAUUCUCAGAGGAACUCAUAAGCAGCCAUCCCUCCCUGUUCUGUACACACUGUCUAGCCAGGCAACCCACGAAGCAGUUCAUCUGUUAUGCAGGAUGCUGGUGUUUGAUCCAUCUAAGAGGAUUUCUGCCAAGGACGCUUUGGCUCACCCUUACCUAGACGAGGGUCGACUGCGCUACCACACGUGUAUGUGCAAAUGCUGCUACACCACAUCCUCCGGCCGGGUUUACACCAGUGACUUUGAACCGGUCACAAACUCCAAGUUUGACGAUGGUUUUGAGAAAAACCUGACCUCUGUGAGGCAGGUCAAAGAGAUCAUCCAUCAGUUCAUUUUGGAACAACAGAAGGGGAGUCGGGUGGCGCUCUGCAUUAACCCUCAAUCAGCUGCUUUCAAAAGCUUCAUAAGCUCCACAGUAGCUCAACCCUCUGAAAUGCCUCCGUCUCCGCUUGUGUGGGAAUAGAUGCUGCUGUGCACCAUCCUUUUCCCCAGCUGACCCGUUGGAACCCGAAAGCACCUAAUAAUUACGUAGCAUUUCACUGGAGUGAAGAACUCGCGGCUCUGAUCUAUUCAAGUGGACACAUGGAGAAAACGACUGAUACCUUUUGGAUUUGAAGUCUUGAUUUACAAAUGAAUGGGACAGCAGCUUGUUAGAACAAAGUUGAAGGUGAACUAAUGUAUUAGUUGCUGAGUAGACAAUAAAAUCUUUAGAAAACAAAGUACAGUUGUUGAUGAUCGUACCCAAUACCUGCAAAGAUGUAUAGAUUUUUUUUUUUUUUUUUUGCCAGAUGUAAACUACUUACAUUUAUUGCAAACCGUACACUUUGGCAUAUUCCUGUUAUUACGUCAACCAGCAAUGUUGCAAUGGUUCUUUAGAUCCCACGUUGCUUCGUAUCCAGACAAUCAACUGUAAAUGUGUCUGUAGAAUGGACAGAUACCCCAAGUUUUACAAAACAACAACAAAAAAAAUGUUCUAUUUGAGAUGUGAAAAAUGUUUAAACUUUGGUUGUUGGAAGCAUUUGUCUUUUCUUUUUUUUUCCCCUCAUCAAAUGUUUAAUUUACCAAAGAUUAGGAGCCUCGUGCAGGAAUUAUGCAGCGAGGUAAUCAACAGGCCCCGCGUACAAACAGUACAUGCUUUCUAAAUGGGUAUUCGUCUGCACAGUUUUCACUUUAUGCAAAAAUGUAGAAGGAUAAGCGUACAUUUUAUAGAAGGAUGCUCCUGAUGUUUCAGUUGAAGGAGUUCUAAAGAUUCUGCCAUCAAACCUUCCUUGCACGAUCACUUCCUUCGGUUCAGAUGUCCUGGUUCUGUUCGGAUGCUCAGAUUCGGAUGGAGCAGUGGUUCCCAGCCUUUCCACUGUCAAACCCAGUUGCUCCUGCUCUUACAUAUUAAACCAGAAGUUUCCAUCCACAGCGUAAAAGUUUAAAAGACAGUUAUCAUUGAUUCUAAGUAAAUAUACAGGAACUUGUGAAUUUAAAGAAAGUUGCAAAAAAACUGGCAAUUAAUAAAUGGAAAUAAUUUAUGUAAUUCUAACUGAUCCAAUAUGAGAUUUUUGGUCUGAUUUUAAUUUAGAAAGCAAGGAAGAAAUUGUGCUUGUCUUUUUAAUUGGUUUAUGCAAUUUUUUAAAAAUACAAUAAUGUUUUAAUACAACAAGUAUUAAUGCAUUUGAAUCAGUUUGCAGAAUAUUUUGCUGAUCUUGGCUGUAAUGUUUGUGAUGGAAAGUUAGACUUUUAAGUAAAGCUGCUAAUGUCAGAGGUAUGCUACUGAAUAACAUUCUACAUUUACUGGACAUUUGAAUUGGGUCAGAAUUACUCUAAGUAAAUAAUAAAACAAAUACAGCAGAACUUUUUCCAAACACUUUCAAAAUUACUGUGCAAAGAUUCACACAAAGGGCUGCUUUGCUCUUGGGCCACCAAGGAUGUCGUUUCUAAGCCUGGUUUUAUGCAGAAACUUGCAUGAACAGCAUAUUUUGUUCAGAACUUGCAUCAAAAUGUCUGGUUUCAUUGGAGACUUGAUAUGUUGGAAAGAAUAUCCAACUUUAUCAUUCCUUGCUCUUUUGUUUGUACAUGUUUGUUUCUAACUGUUUUAGUCAAUCACGCCUCUACAAAGAGUUUCUUGUUUAAAAACUUAAAAUGUGCCCUGGGAAAGGUUCUGGGUCAGAACCACUGCAUUACAGGAUAUGAGUAACUCUUUAUGAAAAGCAUUUUGGUUGUGGCAAAGAAUUCAUUUAUCCCAAAAAUAAUCCAUAGUCUGAAUCCUAUCUGCAUUUUAGGACCUCUAUCUGAUUAUAAUGUUCUCUCACAGCAGAGUAGUUUAUAUGAAUUCAUGUGUGCAAUCAUUGGCAUGGUUACAAUAGUAACAUUCUUUAGAUUUCCCUUUGGAAUCAAUUCAAUCUGUCAGCAUUAUUCUAAAAUAUUCAGCCCUCCUUUAAAAGCUGUGAUGUGUGUGACGAACACAGAUCUCACUGAUUAUUAGCCCCAGAAAACACACCCACGUUUUCGACAUGCUCUGUUGUGAUGAGGUUGAAAUAAAAUGCAUUUGCUUAGUCAA